AUGGCCAAAUCAUUACCUGUAGUAGCCCAGGAGGAUUUGGAUAGCUUUACCUUGACCAGGACAGGCUCAGGCUUUGCAGUCAAAGCCUUUCAUAUUUCUUGGAACACUCACAUCUCGGUGAAACUGCUGACCAGUCAGGACACUACAGAGAGGGAAUGGAAGUUACUACUUCAGGAUAUAGCAAAUGUCAGACAUUAUGAGUCUGAACGUCUCCUGCCUUCUCUUGGGAUUUAUCAGUACCAUGGACUGGUGGGCAUAGUGACUGAAUGGAUGAACAAUGGAUCCCUCCACUCUCUCAUCCAUGAGCAUCAACUCUACCCGGAGCUUCCAUUUCCGUUGCUCAUAAGGAUCCUUUUGGAUGUGGCUGCAGGGCUGCAUUACCUUCACAGCCUCGAGCCUGCUUUGUGCCACUGCAGCCUGAAACCUUCCAAUGUGCUUUUGGAUAUGCAGUACAGAGCCAAGAUAUCAGAUUAUGGCUUAACCAACUGCAGGAAACAGCAACUGAGGUCAAACUUCCAGAACUGCAAUUGGAGAAACUGCCAGGAUUUAGUGUAUCUCCCUCCUGAAAUACUUGAAGGAGGCCUUCCUUCCCAGGAAGGGGAUAUUUACAGCUUUGGAAUAUUGUGUUGGGAGAGCCUAAGCAGACAGAAACCUUUUGAAGGUCAAACAACACUGCUGGAAGUUUUGACAGGAAUCUGCAGCAGUUUGCGGCCUGGCAUUUCAGAAAAGUUUAUACCAAGAAAUCUGCCUAAGAGGAAUAGACUGUUGUAUCUUAUCACUCUGUGCUGGCAUCAAGAACCAGAUUACAGACCAUGUACUGCAGAAUGUGUAGACCUUCUAAAUGGAAUUUUGGAUGGCCUAAGUAAGGAGUCAAUUUCCACUGCAGUCUACAAUCUGAUCGAUGCAAAGGACACAGCACUUAAUGCAUGCAAAGGUUCAGAUAUAUACACGCUGCAGACGGGCAUGUGUAAUUCAGAGGUCAUCUGUUCACCAAAACCCAACCGUGCAAUCAGCAAGAAAAUUCCUUUUGUAGUGCCAAGCUUGUCAACUAUUCUACUUGAUAGCAGUGCAAAUAAUGCAGGAAGAGAAAAUAUUCUUGAGACGGGUCUGUCAAAUACUAUCCUACAGAACACAACAAAGAAAGACCAGCUGGACUCUGACAGCAGAAAGUCAAAUUCCUUUUGCACGAUUCCUUCACUUGGUUCAACUGCAGGCAAAGAAAGCAGUCAGCAUAAGGACCCACCACUGGCUCAUAAGCACAGACCACAACCUACGCAUCUUGAACAAGCAGUGACAAAUCCUUGCCACAAAGGAAACUGCUGUCAAAUACUAGCCUGCCAGAGACAGACCAUACUGACCUGCAUGACAGAAGGACGCCUCAACCACAUCCUCGAUGUCCUUCGCUCACAGCAAACGUUGUCCCGAAUGGAUUAUGAAACAAUUACCUCUUACCCCACAGUGACUGGCCGUGCUCGGGCAUUAUUGGACACUUGCCUUUGCCUUGGGGAGAGCGCAGCGCAGGCUGUAGUGACUGCACUUUCAGUGACCAAAGGUAGUCCUCUGAGACGAGGCAGCCAUUGCCCAGACUGUCCUUCUAAGGCAAAUAGGCUGCUGUGA